AGGCAGUAGUAGGUAGCCGCCUCGCUUUCGGACUCGCUGUAGAUAAUCUAGGUACUUACAUAGUACAUACAGUAGGAUCCAGGCGGUAGGGACUGCUUUGAUCUGCUGGAUGUACUUAAGUACUGUAUGUAUACAACAAAGCCACUUCAGCCAACUCCAGAUACUCCAGACACAAGCGAGCAGCAAGGGAUGUGGUUGGCCCAGAUGCGCUGUGCUGGCAAGCUAAUGUAGUAUGUAGCAGUAGUGAGUGAGUGAGCGGACAGGUUAUGUAAGUAGUCAUCAGCGAUGUGGGUGCAGCAGUACUACUAAGUAGCGGGAUGGGCAAAGCCGCCGUGACUGUGACGGUCAGCAGGAUAUCCCCGAUGCUCGCCCUUUCUUAUGCCACCUGCCCAGGCUCGCCAGGCACUACAUGCCCUCGCAUGCCCUCAUGGAGAUCCCUCAUGGAGAUGGGCCUCUCGUCGCGGAACAUGGUCGCAGAGACAGAUCAAGUAAACGCAUCCGGUACGACAUGCGAGGACCUUGUACGUGUGGGUGUGGUGGUUUAUUGCCUAGCUCCGAUGACCUCCGCUGCUUGGACGCGGGGAGUUGUUGAACGGCCACAAAACGGCCUUAUGACUUAAGCAUGGUACCAGCGAUCGGAGCUGGGCAUUGCAUCACGGCGGUGAAGAGACUCGCACUAAGUUCGCGUUGUCGGGUACAUUCUCAUACAGGUUCCAUAAUUCCUGCGGACUGAUUAGUCGUACCGCUACGGUCGUCGUGAUCUUCUUCUCUGUCGUUGACGGCCGCAGGUCUCAUGCCUUGCCUGUCGAGCCUGUCUGCCCGUCUGCCUGCCUGCCUGCCUGCUUCGAACCAAGGCAGUAGUGUAGAGAGCAGAUACCAAGGUUAAUGUAUAAUAGGUAGGUAGUUGUGUUGACGUUAAGAAGCCAGGCUAGUCCUACCUAGGCAGUAGAUACUCUACCUAGGUAGCUAUUAGUAUUAGUAGCAUACCCUACAUACUUCGCAUCGUGGAC